UCGCGAUUAGAUACUAUACGACCCCGCACUGUCUUUUUAAGGAUUUGUACGGAUUACUUCGUAAGUCACAUUUAUUCAAGUAUACAGUCUAAACCACAUCUCCUAUUUCUCCUAUUAAGAACUCGAUAAAUAUUCCUAUAAGUUUCAUACAGCAAAGCUCACACAACUUUGCUUCAACAUUAUUCAUCCAUCCAAGCCUCAGUAUGACACUGAUUUAUAUCAUGCCUUGAGCCACCGGAUCCAUUUGUGCCUGCUGCCCUGCUAGCAUCGCAUCGUGAUUCCCUUCGUCAUGUGCGGGAUGCGUCUUGUGGUGUCCGCCAUGACUUCCGCCGUGGGCAUUCCCAGCUCUUCCGUGAACGGUUCCGUGCGGUGGGUGGGCUUGAUCAUGCCUUGCAGGCCUUGCGGGUUCUUCUCUUGGAUGGCUUUUGCUCGACUGCUCAAUAGAAAUCUUGUUAGUCAUGGCCUCUCCUUUAAAAACAGCUUAUAUGAUAGGUAUAUGAUAAGUAUGAGUAUGCUGGGUAUAUGUACUAUGUACGUGAUGCUAGGAAUGCAUAUCUACUCACUCCGAAACACAUGGUGUUCAAUAAUUUGCUUUUCUUAAAGGUAAAACUUUUUAUAUGGUUAAGUUAUACAAUCGAUUACCAUCCGGGAGAGACGACAAGUUUAUAUCUAUCGAGCUCUAGGUCGGCUA